UUGUUAUAUUAUUUUGAUAUUCAGUUAUUCCCUUAUUGGCUCACGUUGUCCCAUUAUUCUCAACUCUCGUCCCUCAAUGAAUUAGUUUUUACUUUUUAGGAAGUUUUGUGGCGUUUCCGCGUUGGUUAGCAUCCAAGUUGUGCAACCCAUCAACAUGGAAACCGUUUAUCCCAACAACGAUGAAAUACAAUUCCGCAAACAACAUUUUGAAGUUGUUGAAGACUUUUUGAACACUAAAGUUGAAUGUACAAUUUGUAACGAUGAUCUAUUAAAUGAUAUUAUUUUGAAGAAAACAAUAAUGGUUCAUCGAAGUUAUCUAAUCCUAUGUUGCAAAAACUGUUUUUACAAGUUGUGUGAAGACAACAACUAUAGUUGUAUCUUAUGCACAUCUAACAAAGAUCAAUCUAUUUGUGUAAAAUGCAAUCUCAAUAUUUGUAAACGGUGUGUUGAUAAUUAUAAAAUUGAACAAAUGUGCGAUGGUGUUGUAAAUGAAUGCUUUGCUUGUGUACCACAAAUGUUAUGGAAACAAAGAGCUCAAGCUGCUAAUGUGUUAAAAGUAUUUUUUUCUCAGUUAUGUAUGCCAAAUAAUUUAUUAGUAAAUGAAACAGAACAUGAACAAGCUGUUCGCAAAUACUUAAUUAAAGAAGCUAAAAUUGGACAAAAUUCCUUUAUAGGUAGCAUUAAAAACAACCUAUACGCUGAUUUCAUUUUAAAACCAUACAAGUUAUUUAUAAUAAAUGAACUAUCAGAAUUUACUUUUGAUGAUAUUGAUACUAUUCCUCUUGAUGAACAUUUAAAUGGAUUUUUUAAUAUUUUUGAGAAUAUUUUAGAGAAAACCUGUUCUACAUUAACCAAUUUUAAGAACAUAUUUAAUAUAAGCUCACAUUUAAGUCAUAGUGUAUGUGAUAUGAUGAGAUCUCUAUGCAUUGAUAAAGAUAAAGAUAUGUUAAUGAGUGAUUCAAUAAUAAAUACAAAUUUAGAUGAAGUAGUACAAAAUAAUUCAAGCACUCUAUUAAUAAAUAAUUCCAACAAAUGUACUACAAGAAUUUUAAGAUCACAAAAUAAACACAUAACGGAUGCUGAUCAAUUAAACUCAAAGAUAUCUUUUUCGUCAGGCUUGCUAUCAAAACCCAAAGUCCUAAAUAAGAAAUUAAAUGUUGCUGUUGCUAAAAAGCAGUUGAACAAAUCCAAUACUUUAAGUGUGAUUAAUAACAAGUCAUCUAAUGAAGUUAAUAUUGAUUUAGUAAAAGAUACAAUAAUUGAUCCUGAGCAUUUAUUUGAAGAUAAUGAUAAAGAUGGUAGAAUAGAGGACACAAGAAAAUUGAGCAAUCAAAAUGUAAUUAAUAUUAAUAAGACAAAAAACCAACCUAAAAAUUCAGCAAAAAAUAUAAAAAUACUGAGUGAAGAAUAUGAUGGAAAAGAAAAUAAUAGUCUAAUGUAUUUAAAUGAUGUUGAAAACUGUUCCAAAAAAAAAAUCAAAGGUGAUGAAGUUAUUACUUAUGAUACUGAUAGCGACCAAACUAAAAAUACAAGUUUGAAAGUAUCUCCAAAAAAAGAAGUUAUAAAGUUUAAAAAAAUUGAUGAGCUUGACUGUGAUGUGAUAAAUUCAAAAUUAACUGAUUCUAUAACCUGUGAAGAAACACAAUUAGACUUAAAUAAUGUGAUUACUAUUCAUGGGUAUGAUGAAACAGAAAAUGUAGAAAUUGUUGAAAUGCCUGUAACCUCUGAUGAACAUAAUAAUGAAAACAUUGUAACUUAUUCAAAACAGUCAUCUUCAUUUACUAUGCCAUCAGUUUGUAAUAAUGAUGAUAAUUCUGAUGUUGAAUUUAUUAAAGAAAAUAAAGGAACAAAAAGAAUGCUGAUGGUGUCUGACUCUUCUAAUGAUUCAAAUUCAUCAAUCAAAAAAACUAAAAAACUAAAAAACAAAAAUCAAACUAUUAAACAAAGUAUAUUUGAUUUAUCGACUAGCAACAGCAGCAGCAGUAGCAGCAGUUCUGAUGAAAAUUCAACUGCUAUAACGGUUAAAAAACGUAGAAGAAUUAGACAACUGUCUAAUGAGAGAUCUGAUGAAGAUUCUGAUAAUAAUAAAACAUCACGUGAUCAUAUCAUAUCAAUAAAAGGACGAAAAAAUAUUCGUAGAUUGAUAACACAAAAAGAACUCAGUAAAUCUACCCAAAAUGCCAUAGAAGAAGAAGAACUACGGAAAACACGCAUUCAGGAACGUCAACAACUAUAUAAUGAAAUUUGUGACUUACCAACACCCUUGGAAACAGAAUCCUGUAAAAAGUUAGUACUAGAUUUUGAUGUUAAAACAAAUGAGGAACUUGUUGCAGUUCAUCCAGAUCUAGUGAAGUUUCUCAAACCACAUCAGGUGAAAGGAAUUAGAUUUUUGUGGGAUUCUGUAUUUGAAUCAUUAUUAAGAAUAAAAGAACAUAAAGGAAAUGGAUCAAUCUUAGCUCAUUGUAUGGGUCUUGGUAAAACUCUACAAAUAAUUGCUUUGGUUCAUACAUUAUUUAGGUACCCAGAAACUGGUAUUAAAACUGUAUUAAUUAUUACUCCCAAUGCAACAAUUGAAAAUUGGUGCAAAGAAUUUCAUAAAUGGUUACAUGGUAUUGAUGAAGAAAAACAUUUUUUUGUACUUAACUUAGUUGAAUCAAAAACAUAUGAAAGUCGGAAAAAUAUUAUAGAUGAAUGGCAAAGAGAACAUGGCGUUUUGAUUACAAGCUAUGAGUUGUAUAGAUCCGUCGUUAAUUACAAGUAUAUUGCCAAGUUUCCUUCAAUCUUAGAAGGGCUUGUUGAUCCAGGACCGGAUCUGAUCAUAUGUGAUGAAGGACAUGUAAUAAAGAAUCAUGUUACAGCAGUAUCAAAAUCAAUUAAUCGUAUUAAAACACUUCGAAGAAUUGUGUUAACUGGAACACCAUUACAAAAUAAUUUAAAAGAAUAUCAUUGUAUGGUUGAUUUUAUUCGACCAAAUUUAUUAGGAUCAAUAAAAGAUUUUACUAACCGUUUUAUAAAUCCAAUUACUAACGGGCAAUACUCUGAUUCAACUCCACUAGAUGUAGAACUGAUGAAAGGAAGAUCACAUGUAUUACAUAAAAUGCUCGAAGGAUUUGUACAAAGAUUUGACUAUAGUGUUCUUACACCUUUUUUACCUCCUAAACACGAAUAUGUAAUUUAUUUGAAGUUAUCUGAUAAACAAAUAGAAUUAUAUCAGAGAUAUUUAGAUUCUUACAGACAACCAGAAUUAUUUACUAAUUACAAUAUGCUACAAAUAGUUUGGACCCAUCCUAAACUUUUAGCAGUAUAUGCUGAACGAACGGAAUCAAAAAGAGAAAAACAAAAACUUAAGGACAUCAGUUAUAUUGAUUCUUUUUCAAAUUCUGUCGAAGAAGUUGAAAAUAGGCACAAACCAGUCUCGAUUCUUAACUCAUCAAUCACUAAGAAACCAAAUACAUACCUUAAUUGGUGGAAACCAUAUGUGUCAAACUCUGAUUUGGAAUCGGUGUACCCGUAUUCAAAGUUUAUAAUGAUGUUUUCAAUACUUCAAGAAUGUGAAAAAAUUGGUGAUAAAGUGUUAUUAUUUAGUCAGUCAUUAUUUACUCUUGAUCUAAUCCAAGAUUUUUUGGAAAAUGCUGAAGAUAAAGGCGGUCCUUAUGGUAAAUCUUGGGAUCACGGUGCAGAUUUUUAUAGAAUUGAUGGUUCAGUCAAUUUAAAAGAAAGAGAAGAUUAUUGUGAAAAAUUCAAUGAUGUCAAUAAUACUAGGAUGCGUCUAUUAUUAUUGUCGACAAAAGCUUUUAAUUUAGGUAUUAAUUUAGUUGGUGCUAAUCGAGUUAUUAUUUUUGACAUGACAUGGAAUCCAUCUCUAAAUGUUCAAAGUAUAUUUCGUGUAUUUAGAUUUGGACAGACUAAACCAUGUUAUGUUUAUAGAUUCAUUUCUGAGGGUACAAUGGAGCAAAAAAUAUAUGAACGUCAAAUAUCAAAGUUAUCAAUGGCUUUCCGUGUAGUCGAUGAACAUCAAAUUGAUCGUCAUUUUAAUGCUAAAUGUCAGGAAGAACUUUAUGAAUUUGAACCAAAUACUACUAAACCUAAAUCAACAUUACAUUUACCUAAAGAUCGUUUGAUGGCUGAAUUGAUAUUGAGGCAUGAAGACCUUGUAAUGAACAUACUAGAACAUGACUCAUUACUACAAAAUAACGAGGCUGAAGAAUUAGAUGAGAAUGGUAGAAAUGCUGCAUGGGAAAAUUAUAAAAAAGAAAAUGAUUCAGCUAACGUGUCUAUUAAACAACCAAUAUUACCAAUAUUUUGUGGAUCUGAAAGUGAAUAGAGAAUAAGGUACUCACUACUCUGUCUCCUGAAACCGUGAAUAUAUGUAUAUUUAUAAUGUUAUUUGAUACUCAUUGAAGAUUGGGUUGGUAAGUUAUUCUAAUGCUAUACAUUUCAUUUGAUUUUUUUUAUUAAAGGAGCACAUAACAAACAUUUUUUUUUUUUUAAUUUUUAAGUUUUCAAAACUAAGUAAAAUGGUGUAGGUUAAACAUUUUUACUCGCAAAAUUCAAUAAGUUAUGAGGAAUUGAAAAAAUAUGAGGGACAUCGGUUGGGCAUGCCGUUUUUUAGUGUCUAUAAUAUUAUACCAUCUAUACGUGUAAAAGUUGCUCGCUUCACACAAUAAUUUGCUUAAAAGUAUAUAUUUGAAUUUUCGUUGUAUGUGUGAUGUGUUUUUACUUUUUAUGCACUGAACACAUGGGCGAAAUCAGAACUUGUCUUAAUUGUUUAGCUUUUUUGAAAUAUUUAAAAUUUUAUAAUUGGCAUACCCCUUGAGAUUAUGCCACGUACCCCAGGUUGAGAACGGCUGGUCUAAAGCACAAAAUAACACAAUGCACAAUUAUACGUAAAUCAAACAUCAAAAAUAAAAUGUUUAGAGUGGUAAAUCUUUAUGUAAAUUGAGCUUACACGUGUAAGAUAUAGAAUUAUAUUGCGCUCGGCCCAAUUAUGUCACUCAGUUAUUCUAUAUACCUCAAUAUCUCCUUUAAUAAUAUUAUUUAUGUUAUGAGCGGGGUGAUGAAUGUAUUUUUGACCAAAUUGUUUUUAAUAGUUCUGAUGACAAUAAUUUAAUAUUUAAAGAAAAUAUUUUUUUUGUGUUAUGUGAUCCUUUAUGUUACAUUAUAGUUUUCUUUUUUAUUAGUUUUCCUCAAGCCUCCAUAAGACACAACUUACUGAUUUAUUUAUUUAAGUGGAUAAAAUAAUAUACACAAAAUCUUGAACAAUAAAUUAUUAUAUAAACUAUAGUAUAGAUCUAUAGUAAGGGUUUUUUUUUUUAUACUAUUAAAUAAACUUGGUAUACAUAUUAUUUGUGAUUUUUAUUAUAAACAUAUUUUCAACUAUUUUGUUUACAAAUCUGACUGUUAAUGUAGAUACUAAUUUGAUCUAUAAUUCUUAAAUAAAAAAAAUAACCUAACAUAUGAUUUUGAAAUAUUUGUUAUAUUGUAUUUUUAAUGACCUAUGGUUCUAUAUUUUUUUACAAGGAAAGUACUUUAAAAUGUUAAUUAUAUAUUAUAUAAUUAUGAUUUUUUUUUUUAUUAUUUAUGAGAAGAUCCUAAUAAUAUUUUUAAGCAUUGAGUUUUUUUUUUUUAAUUGUAUGUAUUUUAUUUGAGAUGACGAGUAUUGUAUGAAAAUGUAAAAUAAAAAAAUUUUAAGAGUAUGUCUUGCAGUAUUGUCUUUGUCGUACAAACGUACAACAUACAUAUCAAAUUUGCGUUCAGCAGUACCAAUUUUGUGUUGUUAGGUUUAAUUAACUACUAAUUUCUACUAAAAUCCCACACUCACCAUUUCAUCCUAAAUCUAACCAACACAUGCAGAUAGUCGCUACAUCUAUAAAUAUUAACUCCAUACCCACGUCUAUUGCAUCAGCCUACUUCCCACCUGGAUCACCUUUUCCGGCAGAAGAUCUGUCACUAUUUCUUCAAACACUUAAUCACACAUACAUCAUAGGUGCAGACUUUAAUGCGAAGCACGAAGCAUGGGGCUGUCGCUCAAAGAACACUAGAGGUCGCACUCUACACAACUUUAUAACAAUCAAGCGCUCUAAGGUUAUCUCUCCAGCCUCCCCCACCUACUGGCCAACCCACGCAAAUCGUCACCCUGAUUAUCUUGAUUUUUUUCUAUCUAACCUCCCCAAUCACAUCCAUAUAAAUAUUUCUAACCUUAAUGACCCUGCAUCUGACCACACACUGAUCAUCCUCAAUAUUCAAGCAAAUGUUCCCUUCCACACAUUCGUUAAAAAACGCACAGAUUGG